GCUGGACAGAGCGCAAGAGUGAUGAAACUGGAAGAAACACUUCAGGCGGCUGCCGUAGAAGGCGAUGUUGUACGACAGACUAUAGAGAUUGCCGAUAUUAUGGAGAAGCAGGGAAAUCACGAAAGAAGGAUUCAAAGAUUGGAAAAUUCUAAUGGACAAAUGCAAAAACUCCUUGCUUCCCACGACCUGCAAUUAAGACAGCAUGAGGACAGAAUGUCAGAUAUAGCUCUUCGUUUCUGCACUCAUGAGUCAACGUCAUACGAUGGAACCCUUAUUUGGAUAAUCAAAGACUACAUCCGCCUGAAACGAGAUGCUUGUACUUCAAAGACUUUAUCUUUGUACAGCCAGCCAUUUUAUAGUAGCAGCCGCGGCUAUAAAAUGUGCGCCAGAGUGUUCUUAAAUGGGGACGGCGUCGGUAAAGGAACUCAUCUUUCCUUAUUUUUUGUCAUAUUGAGAGGCGACUAUGACGUUUUACUGCAUUGGCCAUUUCAGCAAAAAGUUACUCUUGCCUUAUUAGCGCAAGAUGGGAGUGGGCGCCAUCUAUCGGAAUCAUUUUGCCCGGAAACAGGCAACAGUAGCUUCAAGUUUCCCACUUCUGAUAUGAAUGUAGCCAGCGGAUGCCCCAAGUUUGCCCCACAAAGUUCAGUAGAGUCAGAGACAUAUCUAAAAGAUGACACUAUUUUUAUCAAGGUCGUUGUUGACACCUAUGGAUUGCAAGAACCAUAGGAAAUCUGAAAAAGUUUGUAAAAUAAAAAUGUAAACUAACCGUUAUAAAUGGAAGAUACAGUCUUGUGGUUGCAUGGUGUACGAUAAAUAAUGCUGUUUGUGACAAACCACGCGUCCAGUAUCAAAUUUUAAAUUGGCCAGACACGGGAAUACAGGUGUGUGUCAUCAAUAACAUUUUUGUUGUAGGUUUCAGAUAUUUUGAAGGUAUUUUGCGAUAAUACUAAUAUUUCUAAAGAAAUAUCACAUGUACCUGUAGGUACGUUAUUCACAUAAAACGCAGUAACAAUUUCUAAUUUAUGUAAUAUGUAUACUACACUGUACAUACUAUUCUAUGAUAUACAGGGGUAUAUACUUAACUUUCAACAUAAUACUGUGCCUACUAGCUCUAAAUACCUAUUUUGAAGAAACAUCCUUAUUUGCAUUUUUAACGAUUUUGAUUUAUAUUAAAUAUUUAACCUACAAAGAGCCUGUUUAUUUGUAAACAAAAUGUUAUAUCCUUCGUAGUUUUAACU